CUAGGAAUUUUGAAAGUGUAGCUCAAAGCAGUUAAUUGUUUAUUUGAAAAAGGCUGUGCUGUAUUAUAAUAUUUAUAUUAGGCCAAUGUCACUUGGCCUUUAUUGACAGUCUUGCAGAAUUUGAACGCGCGAAAUAAACAAUCUGGCACUAAAUAUCUACUUCCGGUCCAGACAUUACUGCACUUCGUUGAAAUUUCUCAACUUCCCUUGAUCUGCUUCUGUGCCGUCCUCGUUUGCAUGACGUGCCGGCCGUUGUCUUUUACUUUUAGCUUGUGUGGAUGAUCGUUUGAAAACAAUAAAAUAAAAGAUGUCAAAGGCUCAAGGCAAAAAACGCACUUUGAAUCAUAUUGAGGAGGGUUCUGCUCGGAAACGAUUGAAAGUGAGCCAUGAUUCACAUGGCUCAACACAAGGCGUGGUUCUUACUUGUGGUCAAGGAGAUGUGGGCCAGUUAGGCCUCGGUGAGGACAUAAUGGAGCGUUCAAGGAUGUCUUUUGUGGAUAUUCCUGAUCCUGUCAUUCAAGUUUGUGCGGGGGGCAUGCAUACUGUGUGCCUGACCAGUACAGGCCAGGUAUACACUUUUGGCUGCAACGAUGAAGGUGCCUUAGGGCGGGACACAAGUGUGGAAGGCUCUGAGACCAGACCUGCCAAAGUGAACAUCCCUUGUCCUAUUGUCAUGGUAACGGGCGGUGACAGUCACACUGCAGCACUCUCAGAUGAUGGCAGAGUAUAUGCCUGGGGAAACUUCAGAGAUGCAAAUGGCUCUAUAGGCUUAACAUCAAAUGGUAUUGAGAAGACACCUGUGGAAUUGAUUCAAGAGGAGGUGAUUAUCAAAAUAGCAUCAGGAAGUGACCACCUGGCCUGUCUCACUGACAGAGGAGAGCUUCUCACUCUAGGUUGCGCUGAACAGGGCCAGCUGGGAAGAAUCGCUGAGUGUUUUGCUACUCGUGGGGGGCGUAAAGGACUCGACAUGAUUCUCAGUCCUGGUCGUGUUAAGGUGAAGCGUCACAGAAGUCGGAAACUGGCCACCUUCUCUGAUGUGUGGACGGGCCAGUACAUGACCUUUGCUCAAGAUAAAGAGACAGGAGAUAUAUAUGCGUGGGGACUUAAUAAUUAUUUUCAGCUUGGAUUUGGUGACAUGGAAAAUCGAUUUGUUCCCGAGAGAGUGAAGUCUUUCUCUGAAAAUGGACCGUGGUCAAUGAUCAGUGGAGGGCAGCACCACACCGUAGCUUUAGAUGGAAAAGGAAAAGUGCACACGUUGGGGCGAGAGGAUUAUGGACGACUUGGUCUAGGUGAAAAGUGUGGAGAAAAGGAUCUGCCAACACUUGUUCCUGCAUUACAAGACUUUACCUGUACCAAUGUUGCUGCAGGAGGCUGUGUCACUUUUGCUGUUACUUCUGAUGGGUCUGUGUAUUCCUGGGGUAUGGGCUCCAACAACCAGCUGGGAGCUGGUGAUGAUGAAGAUAGAUUUGAACCGACAAAGGUAGCAGGCAAGCAAAUGGAGUCAAGACAAGGUGUCUCAGUUUCCUCUGGAGGACAGCACACCGUACUCCUAGCAAAGAAUAUACAGAACGGCACUGCUCACUGACCAUGACAUUUUAUUGUAAAAGGAGCAAAGACUGAGAAUUAUGAGAUAAAUUACUUUUUCCUUUUGCGAUGAUGCCCCUCAGUCUUAUGUGUAUCAGCAAUAGCACAACAUGUGGUUGUGGCUGGCUCCAAAAAUUUGUAGCAGUUCAUCUUAUAAUUCUCAGUGUUUGGUAUGAGUGCAUGUGUAUGUUGUGUGGUGUCUGAUAGUUCAGAACUCUUGUAUGGAACAUUUCUAUAUCAGCGGGUCACCAUUGAAUUUGGGUAAUAACUUGCCAGAAACUAAUUUUUUUAAACACAGAUUUAUAUCUUUUCUUUUUGUAAAUUAAAUUUUUCAUGUCUGCGUUGUUGCCAGUGCAGCUCAGGGUUUUUGUUAGGUAUUGUUUAUGACUGACAUACCUUUCAUAGUUUUCUGUCUCGUUUUAGCUUGAAACUUGUGUAAUACGCAUUUGUACCAUCUUUCUGUUUUUUCUUUUUAAUUGUGGAGAUAAGUAAUUAAAAUUUUUUACCCCUUACACAUUUUUAGGGAGAGUCCUGAACGCUUAUAAAACUUACUCGGUGGUUGGUUGGUCAUUAUUUUUAGAAUUGUUUGCAAAAGUAAUUAUGCGAAAGUGAUUGUGUAAAUUUGGUUCCUGUCUUUUUUUCUCGAGUAUUGUUUGUUGUACACAUCAUCUUUGUUCCGACGUGUCUCGGUUAUAUAGAUAGGUAUUUAUGACAUAGGGAGAGAAACUGAAUGUUUAUCAAUGGUGUGACGUUCAUGGUGUUUGUGAGUAAGAAGAGAUUUUGCAAAAUUCCAGAGCCAAAGGUGAAUAAAAAAAUAUGUUUGUGCCAUUUUGUAUUUCUUAAUAUCAUCGGGUUUAACAUUCCUUUGUUCAGAAGGCUGAAAAUUGGUAGUCUAGAAUGGUUUGCUCCCUUUUCCUCCUUUACUGUAUUGCCUAGAAUAGUUGAAUUCUUUAUGACUACCUUGUGUUGACUGUACUGUAAAACCUCUAUGUUACCCCUGUCCAAUUUUAUCAAUGCGGAUACUUCCUUUUAAGCUGCAAAAAUAUUUGAAGUAUUGGUACUAAAGUAUGGAAAGGGAGAGGAAAAUUAAGAUUAAAUAAAAUAUCUUUUCCCCCUGCUUACGGAUGGCUACUCGUCUCACAGUUCAUGUAGAUUUUCAUAUAAUGUCCCUGGACCUUUUAUUGUGACAAUUUAAAGUUCAGCAAAAUUGAUAAAAUCAAUUCCUAAGAAGAUUUCAAAGAAUAUGCCGAUACAGUCUGAACUAUUAUUGCACAACCAAUUGCAAGAGAACUUGUUCACGAAACAUGUUGACUGGAGAAAAAAAAAUCAGUCACAAAAACCUGGGUGAGUUUUCAGCUUUGCAUUUGACUUCCAAGCUUCUUCCUCUGCCCUAAUAACUACUCCAGUCUAACACAAGUACUCAGACAUACACGGUCCAUUUACCCCCACAUAGUUUUCCCAGUCACAUAGGUUCAAACAAGGAUGGGAUAUUAAUGGGGCCAAGGGGUAAGCUUGGGUUGGGCAUACAUGCCACAAAGUAAGGUUCCAUAGCAGUCUUGAGAUGCUAAGCCUUUGUCCACCCUCUGCAUUUCUUCAGUUUGUGUUCAGUAAGAGUGGGUCGUUCUUCUUGAUAAAAACUUCAAUAUGUUGACACUGAUGAGAGUCAGUAAUGGACAGGUGGUUGCAAAGGGAAUGAGGAGAGUUUAUGUGGCGGAUAGUAGGGCGUCACUUGUGGGAAGUAGCUGUAAAUUGGAGUAGAGUUCCCUUUACUGCACCACAGUAGUUCACGUUACGUGAGCAUUUUGUGUGCAUGUCUCUCUCUGUGCACUUGGCAUAAUGUAUUGCUGACUAGUCUUUCAGGUAUGUUGAGCAUUGUUGGCACUGGUAUACAUGGGUGGUUAUGCUAGUACGUUAGUGUGGUUUACUACCGAGUUUCUUUUUCCAUUACGUUAAUUUUGCAGAAUUUAUAUGAAGUUGUAUCUUAGAGUAUAUGGGUGGGCAUGAAUUUUUUCUAUCCUAGUCCAGCAUCAUUUGCCCUCGUCCGGUGCAUGCUGAACUGACUCAUGUGUUAAGCUUUUAUGAAAAUAGUGAAUGAGCUUGCAGGAUAUGUCUGUGUUGUAUGAUGAGAUGUGUUCUUUGGGUUUGUGUGUGUGUGUGGUUUUUUUUUUUUGGGGGGGGGGGGUUUGCUAGGUGUAAAACAGUGCACAGUAUUAUUAUAACAUAAAGUCUUCCCUUAGUUUCGAAGAUAUUUCACUUCAGUCCACUUGUCCACUACUAGUGUGGAAACGGUGCAUGGAUUCUUCUUAAGACAUCUAUUUAUUUCCUUGUGUUUCCCAGCUUGUCCUGACUAUCAUCCUGCUGUUUCAACAGCUGUGUUGUGUAAUAUACAAGGUGUGCUGUUGCUGCUCAGGAGCUCAGCUUCACACAACCUGGUGUGCGCUUUUUUUAUUGAUCACUUCUUUUUAUUCCAAUGUGUGCUGAUCAAUGGGUUUUUUUUGUUGUUGUUUUUUUUGGUCUGUGCUAAAUUUAACUAUUUUAGUUUGGAAUGAGGAUUUGGUUUGUGAAAAAGGCAGUCAUUUAAAAAAAAUAGAAAGAACCU